AGCCAAUGAAUUUGUGAAUUCUUUGCAUAGAGCGUCGAAAAUUAUAAAAAUAUCAUUGAAUUGUACAGUCCUUACUAAAUUAAUCAGAAAGUUUACAGUGAAAACAUAAAGACAAUAUUCUUGUCAAUCAUAAUUAUCUAUCAUCAGACUACUCAUAAAACAAAAUAAUGUCAUUAUUUCGUAAACCAAAGAAGAUUCAACGACGCGUCUUUUGCGCUGAUGAUGACGAUGACGGUGAUCCUGAACCACCACCACCUCCUAUCAUCAGCCAGAAAAAAGAAAACAAGCCUGUUAAAAAUACUACACUCUUGAGUUUUGCUGACGAAGAGGAUGAUGGAGAAGUUUUUAAAGUAAAAAAAUCUUCGCAAAGCAAGAAACUUGCCAAGAGGCGUGAGAAGGAAAAACGUCGUGUCCCUGAUGGUGAUAAUAACAAAUAUGACAAUAAUUCUCCUGAGGGCACAAUGGACAAUGAGGACAUGGAAGAAAAGCCAAAGGUCAAGAAGAAAGUAUCACUGGAGGGUCUCAUACUGUCGGGACGCGAGGCCCUUGCGGCAGAUGGAGCUGGGGACUUGUCUGAUGAUGAGAUGGAGGCAGACGAGGAUAGUAGGGGUUUUCAUCGGUACCGCGCGGAGUCGGUUCGCGCUGCGCUCGCACAGCCGGGCCACAUACCCGACGCGGCGCUCAUCCACGCGGCGCGCAAGACCCGACAGCAGGCUCGCGAGUUGGGUGACUUCGUUCCUAUCAGAUCGGAGGCUGUGCCGGGCCCGCGGCUAAUCCGGGACGACGGCUCCGGUGAUGACGACGACGAGGAUGGCAGGAUAGAAGUCUGCGGACUUGUCCUGCCUAGUGAUAAACCUAAACGUGGCACCGCAGCCGCCUCUGAAGAAGAGCUGGACAGCGAAGAUGAGGAAUGGGAGAAACAGCAAAUACAAAAAGCAAUGCCCGCUAAUAUUGAUAUUACAGGUGAUGGCAAUACGGAUUUGAACCCGUUCGCAGUACCACCCCCAGCCCCGCAGGUGUCUGACACAUCAUACUUGCGGUCAUUGCUCACAGCUGACAACACCACACCCACUACACCACAACAACUUCUUGAAGCGCUCACAUCAAGGUUAGAGGAGCUGCGGAAGGAGAGGUCGGUGAGGGCGAGGAAGCGGGAGGAGGUGAACACGCGGCUGCUGCUUGCGGCUCGCAUGCGGGAGUCUCGAGCCGCACGACGCAAUCACCUCGAUGCCGCAUAUCGCCGCGCUCAAGCCGCACGCGGUUAUAUCACCGAUCUUGUCGAAUGUCUCGAUGAAAAGAUGCCGCAGCUGGAGGCGCUGGAGGCUCGCGCGCUGAUGCUGCACCGGCGCCGCUGUGAGUUCCUCGUGGAGCGCCGGCGUGCUGACGUGCGCGACCAGGCACAGGAUGUACUCGCACUCGCAGCCCGUCCCGGCGUAGCGAAGCCAGUAGACAGCGAGGAGAAGACGCGACGCGCGGCGGAGCGCGAGGGGAGGCGACGUGUGCGCAGGUUGCGGCGAGAGGCCACCGCAGCAGCUGCAGGGGCGGGGGCUCCUACGCACCGAGACGGAGACUCCAGUGAUGAUGAUCUGCCACCCACUGAACAACAACACUUUGCACAGGAAGCUGAGGCAAUCCGUCAGAUGUCAUCUCAGGUGUUUGCGGACGCGUUGCCGGCGUGGCGGAGUGUACGCGGUGUAUGCGCGCGUGUGUCGCGUUGGCGACGCUCACAGCCCGCACUCUAUAACGAUGCGUACGUCGCUGAUUGCCUGCCGAAGUUACUCGCACCAUAUAUCCGGCAUGAGUUGAUACUGUGGAAUCCGUUGGCGGAUGAAGACAAUGAAGAUUAUGAAAAGAUGGACUGGUACAAAUGUCUGAUGAUGUACGGAGUGCGCGCUGAGAGGCUGUCGAGUGACUCCGAGCUGUCAGAGGAGGAGGAGACGAGUCCGGGUGCGGGACUGAGCGAGGCGGCGCUGCGAGAUGACCCAGACCUACUGCUUGUGCCCACACUCAUAAACAAGGUCGUGCUACCCAAAGUUACAGAGCUGGUGGAGCAAGCUUGGGAUCCUAUGUGCGUGCGCGCAUGCGUGCGUCUGCGGCGUGUGUUGGAGCGUGCGUGUGCGUUGCCGGGCGGAGCUGCACUGCGCAGACUGGCCACAGCCGCACGCGCACGACUCGCUGCAGCACUACAUGCUGAUGUAUUCUUACCUGCACUACCGCCACACGUAUUGGAGGGCGCUGGUGGUGCUUUCUGGCGGCGCUGCGUAGGCGCAGGUGUAAGGCUGAUGCGCGCCGCGCUCGCGCUCUCCGCACCUCCGCCAACACUCAAUGCGGACACCCUCGUACUCUCACUCAUUGAGACGCUGUGCUGUGCUGCGGGUGCUGCGCCAGGUGUGCAGGCGGCGGCUGCGGGCGCAGCACUAGCGGACACAUUGCCCCGCACCGGCACACUGCGCACGCGCGCGCUACAUCGCCUCGCCAGACUCGCACAACUAGCUCUCGCACGACUACAAACUGACAAUCCUAUGCACUUGAAAGCACUGGAACAAGCGCGCAACAUCUUGUCCGAGGCGCGCGCGGCUGAAUGACAUCAAAUUAGUCGUCGCAGAACUCAUUUGCGUUAACAUACAGGAUAUAUGUCAUGAAGAGAGACAACUAUGUAUGAAAUGAUUCUGUCAUCGAUUAAAAUAUAAUCGAACAAGAAAUAUCGAUGUUCGUUUGAAAGG